CUCGUUUUGGACCUCGCUCGCUCGCUCGCUCUCUCUCUCUCUUCCAGUCACUUGAGAUCAGGCAAGCGGCCGCAGCGCACCGCUGAACCAUCAUGACAUGGUUUGUUAGAACAGAAGAGGACUUUCCAUGAAGUUGGAAGUGCACAAUUGUCUAACUGAGAGUCUAGCCCAAACCCUGCCGUUAUCCCUCUUCCACUAAACAUUAUGCUGUCCCUGGGCACACAUCCCUCCGAGCUGCCCACCUUUGUGGAGCUGUCACCCGAUCCCCUCAUCAUACCCAAGCCUGACUCGAAGGGGCGGCCUGGAAUCGGAGAAGGGGCUCCGAACGCUCAGCAGCUCUAUGGACUGCUGCAAUCAACCUUGCACGAGGUGGGACUGCCGGAGACACAAGACCGCUGUGGAAACCAGACGAAAUUCCGAAACGUGCCAGGCAGUUCAGAUGUGGCUCUUUGUGUGCUGGGAUCUCCACUUCCCUACUGGCCACUGCUUCUGGAAGGCAGCAGAGUGUGCCCAGGUGACAUGUUGCUGUGUUUAUCCCCUGCCUGGCUCUCCAAAACCCCUUCAGAGCUCCACCCCGGUUUAUCUACACUACUGCUGCACAAAGCCAUCACUUUUGAUGUCGGCGGCCGGACCUACCUGGAUGAGUUUGACCCUCCACGCCGAGUCACCUACCUAAUUCCCUGCCCUCCUGUGGAUCCUGAUUUUACCCAUGGCCUGGACUGUCCGAUGGGAGGCUCGUUUGAGCUGAACGCAAUUUUAGGGGAUACGCUGUAUACUCGAAUUUUGUUGGAAAAGAAUCAGCUAGUUGGGCCACCCACACUUGGCCUCAUCUAUAAACCCUUCAGGACCUAUUCGCCGGAAGGAACAUCUGUUACUGUGGUUGAGAUAACCUCGAAGACUAACCAGACUGAUCUGAUAAAGGAAGAAAUCAAAAAGUUUUUGGCUUCACAGUUGCUGGAGACGUACAGCCAGGUGGUCUUGAAACCCAGCGGGGGCCGGUGGUGCACCUCUCGACGUCCGAUGUGGUUCCUGGAGAGGGGUGACCUGGUGACGAUCCAGAGGGAGGUGUACUCAUUACUGACCCUGCUGGAGGAUGGCGAGAGUGUGCUGCUGGAGGCCCUGUGCCCCACCGUGAGACCAGCUUCAGCUCUUCACACACAGACCUGGGACGCUUUUGGACGGGUCAGUGUGCCACGGCCUAACCUUGCAUUUAGAAUCUGUGCGAUUGUUACCCGCUCCCCAGAAGGACUGCCUCUACUAAACCAGCUCGUCUGUAGUGUAGGUCGAGCUGACCAGCCUCUCCACCAUGGCAGUUCACUGCCCCAGACUCUGGAAACAACCCUUCAAGAUUGGGGCAUUGCUGACCCCGUCAUAUGCAACAACAUCCAAAACCAAGUUCGAGACAAGGCUCAAGCCUGCAUGAAGGCCAUCAUGGAAAUGGAGAAGGAAAUGUCACUGGAGCAGCGUGGGGGUCGAGGAGCCCGAAUGGAUCUUAUUGGAGUUGAUUUGCUGCUGUCCUCUUCUGGACAGGUCAUCACCCCAAUUCUGCUCGGCAUCAAGACAUCACGCUGCUUAGAAAGCUACGGAUUGUUCCUGUCUGGAGGUCUGGGACAGCCUGGUUUGGCUGAAGCCUUGUUGCAUACCCCCCUAAACCGCUCCCAACGCUACAUCAUGGAGGGAAGAAAUGUCCUUGUCAUUGGAGCUGGAGGAGUCAGCAAGACCUUCAUUUGGGAAUCAGCAAGAGAUUACGGCUUGAAGAUACAUCUUGUUGAAUCUGACCCUGCUCAUUUUGCGGCAGGUCUGGUUUCGACCUUCCUGCACCUGGAUGUGACUGACCACAAGAGAGACCCCGAGCACUGCAUCAAAAUCUGUGAAUCUCUUUCUGAACGCGGCAUAAAGCCCGACGGCUGCCUGUCUUUCUGGGAUGAUUGCAUCGUGUUGGCAGCAAUGGUUUGUGAGCGUUUAGGUCUGCAUUGCAGCCCCUUGUCUGCUGUCCAGACUGCUAAACAGAAGAGCCAAACCCAUCUUCGGCUGCUGGAGAGGGCCUUCUCUACUAAUGUGCCAUUACCGUCUACAUAUACUCCAAACCUCACCCACCAGUUUCCCAGCUGUCCCGAGUCCACCAUGCAGUCCACUGGGACGUUCUUGUCUUCAUACACCCAGUCCACCUGCUUUGCUUCCAUUCCUAAAGCUUCGCAUGCUACAGAUCCUUUCCCCGAUUCCUCUUUCUCUCCUCCAUUUUCUAACCCGUCUCCACUUCAUGCUAUGCUACAAAAAUCUAAUCAGGCUGCAAAUGACCGGUUUUCCACAUCUUCCCAUUUAAAUUGUCCAAACGCUUACCAGGAUAGCGUGCACCUGUCUCCCAUCUCUCCUUCACCCGAAUCUUCAAAUCCCAACUCACCCCUGAAACGCGGGAAUCCGCAAAUCGGUAACACCGAGUCUUUAUUUUGUCACUCGGAUUCAGAUUCGUCUUUGGGGUCCCUUAUUAAUUCAGCUUAUCACUCCUCUUGGACCCCAUCCCCUCACAUCUAUGCCGUCCCAUGCUACCACCUGGAAUCCCAUGUAGAUAUCGAAAAGGCAUCCAAAAUGAUAAACUUUCCAGCUGUAAUGAAGCUGGAGUUUGGCGCCGGGGCAGUGGGUGUAAAAAGAGUAGACAAUCAGGAGCAAAGCCACGCCCACUUUGAGAAAAUAUCCAGUGAUCUUCGGGAAGAAACCGAUUAUCCGGGCAUUGGUCUUGGCUGGGGUAAUGCCAUGACCAUGAUGGAGUACCUGUCUGGCACGGAGCACGAUGUAGACUUGGUGGUCUACAAUGGCCAAAUGAUUGCCUCCUUUGUUUCCGACAACGGUCCAACUCGGGUGCCAUAUUUUACCGAAACGGCAGCUGCCAUGCCCAGCUACUUGCGCCCUGACAAGAAAGCUCAGCUUGUUGAAGCAGCUCUUCGCUGCUGUCUGGGUUGCGGAUUAACAUAUGGGGUGUUUAACGUUGAAAUGAAGAUGACCCCCACUGGGCCCAGGCUGAUUGAGAUCAAUGCCAGGAUGGGUGGCUUUUACCUUCGGGACUGGAUCCGGGCUAUCUAUGGAGUCGAUAUUCUGUUCUCCGCUUUCAUGGUAGCUUGUGGAGUCCGGCCUAGGUUGCACCAAGCUUCCCCUCCGCUGUGCCAUCUUAUCGGCGUGAUGUGCGUUGUCUCCCAGCAUCUCAGAGCUCUUAAAACCACGGCCAGCUCUGAAGUUCUGCGUCUGCUGCAUGCCAGGGGGAUAAUAAGGCUGAAUCAGUUGGACGAUGAGCUGAUUGCCAGCGAAUACGAGGAGCCCUACUGCAAUGUGGCCUGUCAGAGCCAAGACAGGGACACGGCUCGGCUACAGCUACUAAGCAUCUGUCAAAUACUUGGAAUUGAUUCCCCUGAUUACCCUGUCUCCUAUUUCUUAUCUGACUUCAAAUAGCAUUUAGGGAACGGUUUCGUUUCUUAUGUUUAUAGACUUAGAGCUUGUUGUAGAAAAGCCUGUUUGGUCGAUCACCUAGGAUACACAUCCAGAUUUUGGCUUUUUCCUGUUGCAUUACUAAUAAUAAGAGGGAAACUGAUAUGACAUAUCAGUCAGAUGAUAAUGUGAUGACCUCAGCAAGUCGUCAUUUAAGACUUGAGAACAUCUCCUCGAGAGCGUUUUCAUCCAACCGCCGUCCGCAAAAAACAGGAAUAGGUAGUCAUAAAUCCUAGGUUUAGAUAAGGUGAAGUGUUCCAGAUGAGUGGGAGGCAACGCGAGGCACGUCGCUUUUACUUGGCAGAACUGUUCGCCCGCUCUUCGUCUCCAUGGGUUCCCCAUACAUGCUGGUUAUGAAGAAUUGUCCCUAUGGUCAAACAAAAAAAAAAA